UCUCAAAUUGAUUCAUGUCUUGAGAAUAGCCUUCAAAGGCCUAAACACUAGUGUUGGUGUGUUUGGGACGACAGACCCAUAGACCGGAUAGAGAGAGAAAGAGAGAGAAUAAGAGAGAAAGAGGGAGAGAGAGAGAGAGAGAGGCUGUAGUUUCGUACAGAGUAUACACUGUGUGAGAGUGAGUUAGUAGUGGCCCUCAAAUCACUCAUUCAGUCGUUGUGUUUCAUAAAAGCAAAGCUAACGUCGAUUUUAAGAGAAACAAAGUUUUUUUUAUUAAACCUCAAACUCUUCUUAAAGAGAGUAUUAAUAAGACAUUUAUUCAGUGAAUGUGAAGACAAUAUCUUCGCAAACGAUGGAUCUGUUGUGCAUAGAAGUGAAGGGAGAGCCGCGAGCGACGAGUGAUCCGGUCUUUCUGGACGACGACCGCAUCCUUAAGAAUCUGAUGCUCACCGAAGAGAGAUAUACCAUCUCUUCGUCAUAUUUCAAGUGCUUUCAAACCGAACUCAAGCCAUACAUGAGGAAAGUGGUGGCGAAUUGGAUGCUUGAGGUAUGUGAAGAAGAGCGCUGUCAAGAAGAGGUAUUUCCACUGGCAAUGAAUAUUUUGGACCGGUUUCUAGCGAUUGUCAAAAUCCGAAAAAGUCAAUUACAAUUACUGGGCUCAGUCUCCCUGUUCUUAGCCUCCAAAUUAAGGCAAACGCGUCCCCUUUCAGCCGAGAAACUAAUUGUAUACACAGACAAGUCUAUCACAAUAGACGAGUUAAUGGGCUGGGAGUUAUUAGUGCUGAAUAGACUGAAGUGGGAUUUGGCAGCAAUCACUCCAAACGACUUUUUAAACAUUCUUCUCAGAAGACUUCACAAAUGGCCAAAAGUAUCCGAAGUGCACAAACUCAUCAAAAAACACGCGCAAACUUUCAUUGCAUUAUGCGCUGCAGACUGGACAUUCUCGAUGUUCCCGUCAUCGAUGUUGGCCGCGGCCAGCAUUACGACUGCCAUCGAAGGGCUGACAAGACUGGAGAACAAUAAUCUCUGUUAUUCAAUACCUAUGAUUUUCCAAUUGCAUCAAAUCACUGGCAUAGAACUGGGUUACACCACGCCUCCCAUACCAGUCCCAUACCAGUCCCCCAUCAACAGCAACACUGCUCACAGUUAUCUAUUCAACUUUGCCAUACAAGUGACGCUCCGCUCAUUACUAGCCAUACAUAUUUGGACCGCCACUUGUUCUCAGAGUUAUUGCUGUUUUGAUUUAAAUGAUCUGUUGCGUGAAUGUCAGCUCCAAAUCGAGCGCAUAAUGGCUUCGCAUACACCUGACAUCAAAGACGAAAAUACUGAAAAUUAUCCGCAAAAAUAUAUGGAACCGAGAGUUCAUAGCUAUGCAAACAGUCCUCAAUUGUAUGGACUGAAGCAACACGUUAUCGAUUCCGAUGACUGCUCACAGAAGGAUUCGGUGGCCGACGUCCAGGACGUCCACUACUGA